AUGGCUUUCUCGACGUCCUUCUUUGCGCUUGAUAGCGCAGCUUCCACUUCAGAUGAGAACCACCAACAGCUAGAACAAAGCAGCAGCAUCGUCCACACAACCGAAAAUGGCCUGCCCGUAAAUGGCCAGCAGCCUCAACAGCCACAAUACCAACAGCUUCAUCGGUCUGCUGAAUUGAUGCGCUCUUCACCUGCCAUCAGCCAACCAAACCCGCUCCAAGCGACCAGUGACGGCGAGAUGACCAAAGGAAUCAAUGCUGCUACUAAAUCUGCGGCUCCCAAGAAGGGAGUAAAAAAGGGAACGGCUACCACCACCAAGGCCCCUUCGAAGCGCUCUCGCUCGGGUGCUGGCUCUUCUGGCACCGCGAAGAAAGGAAGAUCGGGCACAUCCUCCAAGAAGCCCAAGUCUGGUGUUGCUGCCACGCAAACCGUUGGAACGGCAGACAACGCCGGGGACUCGAGUGAGUCUGACAAUGGCCCCUACUGCUUGUGCCGUGGGCCUGAUGACCACCGCUUCAUGAUUGCCUGUGAUCGGUGCGAAGAUUGGUUCCAUGGCGAGUGCAUUGGCAUGGACAAGCACACGGGCGAGAACCUGGUACAGAAGUAUAUCUGCCCCAAUUGCACCGAUGGAGGCCGCUAUACCACCCGCUUCAAGAAGCUGUGUUCGUUCGCAGGCUGCCAGAACCCAGCUCGCAUUUACGACGAAGCCCGGCCCAGCAUCUUUUGCUCUGCCGAACACUGUCAGGCGUGGUGGGAACAACUAAUCUCUACAUUGCCCAAGAAGAGGAACCCGGGCGACCCUGAUUAUCUCACUCAGGAGGAGUUUAUGGGGCUGUUAGAUGCCCAGUCGGUGAUGAAGGAAGAAGCUGGCCCACAUCCAAAUCUGCCCACAAGCCCCUGGAAACUCGGCAAAACCCCCUUUGAACCCCCGCCAAACUUUUGGGAAACUCCCAUUUCUGCGCAGGCUCUCACGCCAGAAGAGUACGCGGAGCUUACAGCCUCGGCUGAGACUCGCUCCAAACUUAGCGAACAGAUCGCUCUGUGCCGUCAGAUGCUUCAGCUUAUUGAGCUUGCAAUCGCACGUCGUGAGGCUGCCAUCGCUGCCGGUAUUCCCGGAAUCACCAAGGACAUAUGUGGUUAUGACACCCGCCUAGACACGGUGGGCGCUGCCCAUCAGUUCUCACUUUUUCUGCAGUCCCCACAGGGACAGAGUAUCUUCAGCACGAGAAGUCUAGACAAUCCCCCAUAUGUCACUACAACCAUCAAGAACCCAGAAGACGACACACCUGCCGCCACGUCAAGCAACUCGGCCGAGACAGCAGCAGGCCAGGAUCCCCGCACGGCUGGCAUGUGUCUGCGCAAGAAAUGCAAGCCACACAACGGGUGGGGUGCCCUGCUCACCAAAACAGUGAGGCAUGAUAUUCGCGAGCUAGCCCUGCAAAUCAGGGAACUUCUUGAGGCUGAACAGCGCGUGCGCGAUGGUGCUGCGGGGCGUUUCAUGCGGCGUAUGAAGGAGCGAAAUGAGGUCAUUGCUAUUGAAGAGGACGAGGAUGAUGAUGAGCAUGGCAAUGGCUUUCUUAGAGAAGAAAAACUUGGUCACAAGAGAAGUGAUGGAGAUCGAAUGGACCUUGACUAA